ACUGAUAUUUCUCUCGAGCUGCUUACUACUUGAGUAAUUAUUCAAUAAUUGUACAACAAAUUUGAUAUAUACGGGGAAAAUGCGUUAGGAUCACCAUAAGUUUGAAUUUUCACUAAGCAUGCAUCUGUCGGUCGUAGCAUAGAGGUAGCUAGAGUUAGCAUAAACUUAGCCACACAACGGAGGAAGUUAGUUAGCUUGUAGCUAACUACAGUAUAUAAAGUAGCGUUAGUUAACCUGUUUAGCGAUAGCAUUGCGUUGUUAGUAAUGUCCCGAACGUCGGUUUUAAUUUCACAGUUUAACCACUUCACGGAAUAACUCUUCUGUCUGUCGACUAAACUACCUUGAAGCGUCGUUUAACGAAAAUGGCCAAUACCGUGCUGGAGGUCGGGACGGGCGUGUUCGUCCUCGCGGUGGUUUGGAUCGCAGCUCUUGUGUUCGGGAUGAUGCUGCUGAGAGCUUCUGGAUCCGCGAAGUUGGGCGUCAUCCCCAUUUUCUUACUGGCUCUCACCAUCACUUUAGUGCUGGUGUUUUUCCCUCGCAGCCCAGAGACAGCUCCCCCAUUCAAAGAGAUAGAGAUAGUGGACACUUUGUUCAUCGGCCGCUACGUGCUGCUGGCGGUGGUAAGCGUGGUCUUUUUGCUGCUGUUCUUCAUGCUGCUCCCCUUUCAUUUCCUGGAGCCGGUGUAUGCCAAGGCCUUAAGAACACACUAGAGCUGCCAGGGUCAGAGCUGGCACCGGGACCACAUAACUGAUGUACGCAACUUAAGACAAGCAGGGCCGACAAGAGCCCCUACUGCCUCUUCAUGUGGAAACAGACUACAGAAUGCAUCCCAAACACAAACAGCAGGAGAGCCAAUCAUUUCCUCAGAAGGAAACUGUUUGUAGGUUGUUGACUGUUUCUGUACAACCAACAGAAGUGAGAUAUCCAGCAGUACGCUGGUUGUU